UAAGCUUAAUAUGAGUGUAAGCAUGCUUGUUUUCUCAGUUUACAGGAAUGUCACCGCGCUGCUUCUGCUGAUUCCAUUUGCAUACUUUUUGGAGAAGAAAGAUAGACCACCACUGAAUAUUUCCCUUGUCAUGAAGUUUUUUCUCCUAGGACUUCUUGGGGUGACAUGCAAUCAAGGCUUGUAUCUCUUUGGUUUAAAGAACACCUCCCCCACAUUUGUUUCGACAAUAGAGAAUGCAGUCCCUGCAAUAACAUUUCUCAUGGCUGCCUUAUUCAGGCAAACAAAUUAGUCAUCUCUGUAUAAUGUAAUUAAUGUCUAAUGCCCUUUUGGCACUGCUUUCGUAGAACUAUUAUUUGCUGAAAACUCUUUUUGUUAAUUAGAUACAAAAUUCAGAAACUACUU